AGGAGCAGGAGGGGGGUCCUUUGUCUCUUUCCCUCAGGUGAUGGCCGAUUACCUCAUUAAGUAUUUAAUCGCCGUGUCACGAUGGUCAAACGAGGGAGCUGCUCGCCCGUGCUGCAGCAGCCCGCGAGCUGCGGUGCCGCGCUCAGCCAAGAAGCCGAGCAUCCGCCACCCCCCCACCCCCUCCUCCCGCUCCGCGUUGCCAGGCCAACGGCGCGGCGGAUGCCGGCGGUCCCUGCGGCUGUGCCGGCCCCGCAGCGCUUCCCUCGCCUCCCUAUGGGACGGUCCCCCCUGUCCCCUCGGAGCCCCCGCAGGUCCCGUCCCCAUGGCCCGCGAGGACGAGGCGCGGGGCGGCUGUCAGCUCGCCGACCAGGAGCCGGAGUGCCAGAUCUGCUACAGCCGCUACGACGCCCGCGCCCGCCGACCCACGGUGCUCCUCUGCGGCCACCGCCUCUGCGCCCGAUGCCUGCGCCGGAUGGUGGCCCUGGGGGACGCGUCGCCCCGACGACUUCGCUGCCCCUUCUGCCGCCGGCAGAGCCCGGUGCCCGGCGAGGACGCGCGACGGCCGCGGGACGACGGCGAGGGGCCGGCGCCGCCGACGCGCCGUGAGCGGGACCCCCCCUCGCCCCCCGAGGUCCUGCUGUCCCCCAGCGUGCUGCAGCCCUCGCCCGGCCAGGACUGCCUGGUGCUCACCAUCCUGGAGGUGCCCGCGGGCGCGGUGCCCACGGAGGCGCUGGGCGCUCUGGAGGUGGUCCGGCUGCAGAGCCGGCGGAAGAGCCGCGCCCGGAGGUGCCGAGCCGCCCCGCGCUGCCUGCUGGGCACGCUGUGCCUGCUGUACUGCAGCUCGCUGCCCCUCGGCAUCUACCUGCUGCUCAGCCAGCACCACGGCCUGGGCCUCGCGCUCGUCAGCCUCCUGCCCGCCGCCCUGCUGCUCUGCGUCUCCUGCAGCCUCUGCCAGUGCCUGUGCCGGGAGCUCUGCGCCUUCCCCUCACCCUGACCCGCGCGGCCGAGCCCUGCGCCCGUGCUGGGGACACGUCGGAGCGCGUUGUCCUGGUGCUGAGCGCCAGCCGUGCGCGGCGCUGCCAUUCUCGACUCCUUACAGCCUGCAAGCAUUCGGCCGGCUCUCAGCUCCUCCUGCUCUGCAGAUGAGGGCGGCGCGAUGCUCGGUGCUCACCUGGAAGGGCCCCAGCGGCGGCCGCAGCCCGGCGCGUGCAGGAGAAGCGCGGGCAGAGCCCGGGGUCCUGCGGCCGGACUGGCGCCAGCACCGCCGUGUCCAUAGUGUAAAUAGUUCUGUCUGUGUCCCUGAGCUCCCGGCAGGGCUGUGCCCGUCGCACCGCGUUCCCUUCCCACGUGUGUGAGUCCCGUGCCGGCCGACGCUGUGUACCGUACCGGAGAGGAGCGGAGGAGAGCGAUUCCUUUGGUGUGUAAAGACGUCUUUGCAGCUGUUUUGUAGUCACUGUGGUU